CUUGCCUUCAUCAGCUGCUAACAAUAACAAAUCAACGUGCAUUGCGCCAUUGUCGCGGAUAUUGUGUGCAGGAAUGGGCGUUGUGCAUUGCUUCAUAAUACACACAUCUCAAUUCCGCAGCGCAGACACUGAGCAGUGAAAUUCCAGCAUCAAAACAAAGCAUGUUUUGCUGAUGUACGACUCUUCGGGCCCAUUUUAUCUAAUAACUCCAACAAAUUCUGAAUAAUUGGACAGUUAGCUGUCUAAUUUUCGUAAGGUUGACAUUUCUGACCUAUUCUGAGAGCUGGAAAGUGACAUUUUAUCCCAGCAUCAUGUUCGACUCGGCAGGUGAUGUCUUUCUUCCAUUCUUCGAGUGGAAUACGUACACGGUUGUUACUGCAGCUGUUCUUGGACUGAUUUUGUACGAUUUGUACUGCAAAGGAACUGCAACGCUGUAUGGACAUACCGGUCCAAGAGCUCGUCUCUCGUCGUCAUCGUCUGACGUCUUCGAUGUACUGGGUGACAUCGACAGCUUCUCCCUGAUCGAGCUCAAUACCACCGUCAUCUCAGACAAUCUUGAACUCAAGACCAACGAUGAACUCCUGCACGACGAAAGCCUCUUCGAAUCCGAUGUCGACUUCGGAAGUACGUCGUCGUCGUUUGAUGAUGAAGCCUUCGGACAUCCGUCAGAACGACCCUUGGUUGUCAUGUUUUCUUGGCUUCUCGCGAAACCCCGUCAUGUCAAUAAAUACGUGGAGCUCUACACCCGAAAAGGAAUGGACGUCCUCGUCGUAAAGACCCGUCCAAUUGACAUCGCUUGGCCGGCCAACGCAAAGGAGAUCGCCCGCGAGAUCCUCGACUAUGUCACCGACGGCGACAAGCGCCCUCUCUUGGUCCACGCCUUCUCUGUCAGCAGUCACGUCUACGCAGAGAUGCUCGACCUCGUCGAUGCUGUCGAGAAGUACUCCUCGGUCCGUUACCGAAUCGUCGGUCAGAUCCUGGAUAGCUGUGUCUUGUCGAGGGAUAGUUACGAAGGGAUCUACUCACAGGCGUCCUCCAACUCGUUCACACAGCUCUUCAUUAAGAGGGUCGCAGAAACCUACUUCUGGGUGACCAACAAGUACACAAUGGAUAGCAUUAUCAAGGUCAACGAGAUCUUUACUGGUCGACCGGUCAAGGCACCGGCCCUCAUCCUCUUCUCUCGCGACGACCACAUCGCCACCGCCAAGGAGAACGACGAGCUCGUCAAUCAGUGGCGUAAGCAUCUCGAUAACGAUCUCUACGUCAAGUGCUGGCAAAGCUCACCGCACGUCGGCCACCUGGUCAAGCACCGAGACGAGUACGAGGACGCCAUCUACGGCUUCAUGGGGAAGUUGAAAGGCCUGCCGAAGAAGCUGCACCUUGAUAAGCCGACCCCACCGGCAAACGUGUCAUCCCUGCCACAACAAGCGCCGAAGGAAGCGGAACUGAAGAAAGACGAGUGAACGAAGAGCAGAUGGUUCUCGCUGAAGAACACUAAUGACAGUCCUUUCUGAAGAAGGCAUUGCUACAGACUCAUCAGAUGGGCUGUGCCCUUUCAUGGCUUUUUGAAUCACUGUUGAUUUUGACAAUUACAUGAAUGCAUUAUUAGACCCUUUUCCCCUGUUUGGUAUAUCCUUAGAGGGGGAUUCUUGAAAUACAUGUUAAUGUUGGUUGUCGGUAUUUUAAUGCAAAUUUGAUGUUCUGCCCAUUUUGUUGGUGGUCUUGCAGUAUGGGAGUGGAGGGGCAAACUCCUACCCCUUCCGAAUCGAUCUGAAAAAGUGUGAGUAUUUGUACUGGUACAUAAUUAUAUAUUCACUAAGGAUUACUCUUUGCGCCGGAUUUUUCGAAAAUGCAUAGUAUAGGAAGGAAGAUGGAUGAAAUAGGUGAAUGGAUGCUGUUGUCUAAAACAGCAAUCCACGGUCAUGGAGUUCUUACCAGGAUUGUCUGUAGUGCUAUGAACUCGUUCAUGCUGAGUAAUAGGCUACCCCUUCCUAUCCAUGCUUAUUGAACAUGAAAGACCCUACACCUUAAAAAUACUUGGUCAAAAAAGCUCAAUCAUCGCGUGUAAUUAUACUCUUUGCGCGCGGGAAGACGUACGACGCAUAUAGCAUCAUUCGCGAAAAUAGUUCGUAGUAAUAAAUCACACGUGAUACAUUUGUGAAAGUUUGCUAAGUUAGUAACAAUUUCUAUAUUUUUUUACGAGUAUUCUGAAUGCAAAGAAGUAAAAAAACUCAUCAGAUAAAAAGCAAAGGCAAAUUAAAAUUACAUUAUCAGUAGAUCCACGGAUAUCAAUGCGCAUACAGCCGCGAAAUCUACCCUUUUCCGUGGUCGAAUUGUGACAUAAUCGUAUAACACCUGCACGUUUAUCAAAAAGAACCACUCGUUCAGUUGUCAAUUCGACCCCGAAUGCAGUCAAAUCGACCACGAACAUAGUUGAUUUGGAUUAACCCCGGAAAAAAAACACGCAUUUUUGAGAGUGUACUUAGUACACAAAUCGUUAAUCUUCAAUAUGCAUGUGAAAUAGCUGGUCGAGCAUUAUUGGUAUCCAUAUAUAUCAUGGGCUAAUGAAAUUAUUAUUCAUUGUGUUAGUGAUUCGUCAAAUUCGCCAUGGUUCUGGCUCCCGCGGUUGACAUAUUUGUCGCCCUCUACCGGGAAAAACAUUAUAUCAGUGAUGUACAUACUUCGUAGUCGUUAUUAUUAAUUUUGUCAGGUUACUAUCAGCUAGUAUUUUGACUCGUCGUUUAUCAUCAUUAUAAUAUAUAUCAUUACUUAUCCUGACUAACACAUAUUUAACGGGUAUUUUGGAAUUUUAUUUUUGUCCGAAGUUAUAUUUUCGACCUUGUGUGUGUGUGAAAAAAGCAAUUGUUUGAAAGCACAAAUUGAAAUGUAUUUAAUUUUGUAAAUACAAACAUGUAGUUUAUAUUACUUUUAAAAA